GCCAUCUCUCCAGCCAAGUUGCCUCAGAUAUUCAAAAAUGCACUAACGGCUCCAAUGUUAAUAGACAUUGUGAAGUGCGUGGCUUCCUUUUUCACUGAAGAGAUGGCAUUGGCUAUCAACUUUUUAGAAAAUUUAACACAGGUUCCAAGAUUCGGCAUACUCAUGAUGUGUCUUCCAUCCUCAGAAAAGUUUGAUCUUCUCAAGAUUUGGGAUGAAGUAUUUUGUGAUGAGGCUGUUCCUAUUGAGUACGCAGAAAUGCUUGAUAGCUUGCGUUCGAAGUACUUUCUUAAACAAUGACAGACGUUUCUGGAAUGAGAAGAAGCACUUUAUCUUCAAACUCUACCUCUCUUAAGCCAGCCCAGCAGCAUACUUCAGUGUAAAGUAUCCGAUUCCUCCUAUGUUUUUGGGGUCAUAUUUUAUUUGUGGCAUGUUGACAUUUCUACCCCACGCAAUGAAGUUAGAUGUUAUGAAAAGCGUCUUAUCUCUAGUUCAAUUGCAAUCUAACUGUCAAUUCUUUUCUAUAACCUUCCCAACAUGUUAGAAAAUUCUCUCAGUAGAAGUCAUCCCAGACUCGAAUUCGACGACUCUUUCUGAACUUGAUGAUGAACAUAAAAGCUUUCAUGACAAGAAGAAUAAGGUAGGUAGUUGAACACUAGGGUAGUGUCUUUAGGAAGGGCUCCCCAUGGUGUGUUGAGGUGCAGUGCCACAUGGAGCAGGACAAUUGAAUGGCCUUUUUUCCAUCCAUCUGGGCCAUCCCUCAACUCAAGAGGUCUUAAUGUGAAUAUAUUGAUACUUUAGAUUUGCUGUUGCAUCAUAAUCAAGUUGGGGUCCUGAGUUCAAAUUGGCUUUAGACAAAUCAUAUGCUCUCCUUUGCAAUUUAUGAUAUGGGUGUCAGAAUUGCUGUCCUGUCAUUCAUCUUUUUGCUCGUUAUGACUUUAUGAGUACUUAUUGAUGUCUGAUCCCUCUCUCUAUUUUCAUCCA